GUUUUCAACGCUGCAUGUGCCAUGUAGUCUUCAUUGCACCAUCCUUCACCAUGAACUGGCAGCCUAGCAAGUGUCUUGAAGAUCCACAAGACUACCGGAAAAACUACAUCUCGGAAGAGACUGGUCAGGGUAGAUUCGCGCUCAUUAUUCUGAAUCAACCCAUUCUGGUCCGCCGCACUUUGUUCGAGAAUGUCUGGAAUAAUGCAACGUAUAGGUUCUGCGCAGAUGGUGGGGCCAACCGAUUGUACGAUAUGUUCGAGACGGACGAGGAGCGCGUCAAAUACUUGCCAGACUACAUUCGUGGCGAUCUGGACUCGUUACGUGAUUCUGUCAAAGAGUAUUAUGAAUCUCAGGGCGUGCCUGUGGAACGUGUAGACGAUGAGUACUCGACCGAUUUCAUGAAAUGCGUAGACCUCGUCCGUGAGCGGGACCCUAAACCAGCCUCAUCAGUACCAGUAGCUUCUCAUUCCUCUUCUUUUUCAGUGUCAGGGACACAACAACAGCAUCAGUACAGCAAUAACUUGGAAAUCGUCGCAUUGGGAGGCACUGGAGGUCGGUUUGAUCAGUGCAUGUCUAGUAUCCACCAUCUCUAUAUCCUCAGUCGGGAGAGACAUGCAACUUUGGUCUCGGAUGAGAGUAUCAUCGUCGUCCUUAACGAAGGCAAGCAUGAAAUUACAUGCAAUCUCGAGAUCGAAGGUCCUACUUGCGGUAUCAUUCCAGUGGGCGCUGGGCAUGGCAUCCUGACUACGACAGGACUCAAAUGGGACGUCGAAAGCUGGGAGACCGCUUUUGGGACAAGGAUCAGUACAUCGAAUGCCUUGGUCGGACCCAAGGUUACCAUCGAGAUCAACACGCCGAUGGUCUGGACUACCGAGCUUAGAUCGAAAUAAAAACGAAUAUAGACUUA